CGGCCUCCAGCGGCGACCUCUGCUUCAAACGUUCGUUCAUGGUGAGAUUCUUCUGCCAUCGCCGCGGUGACGGUGGCAGCACGCGGCAGAAGCGAGACCUGCUGAGGCAGGUGAGGCGGCGUGUGGCCGAUGGUGAGAGUGAGAGAGAUGGAGGAAGACGAGGAGUGGGAAUGAGAGCCACGGCACGAUUCAGGCUCCGGGUACCUCGAUUGGCUCUCCGUCAUCGUUUGAGUACGCUCAGUAAUGGUGUCUGUCACCCUGCCCCUUGGCACUGCCGGCCAAUCGCCUUCCUUGGCUUCAUUCUGUCUGUCAACGCCCUGCGGCCACUGGCCAAUCGGGUGGCGUUGUACCGCUCCUUCCCGACUCGACUUCUCUCUCGCACCUGGGGUCGUCUGAAUGGCGUGGAGCUUCCAACCUGGCUCCGUAAACCCAUCUUCUCACUCUACAUUUGGACAUUUGGGGUCAAUAUGCAGGAGGCAGCAGUGGAGGAUUUACAUCAUUACAAAAACCUGGGUGAAUUUUUUCGUCGACGUCUCAAACCUGCUGUCAGACCAGUUUGCUCCGCCUCCUGCUUGACCUCUCCAGCUGAUGGGAAGAUCCUCCAUUUUGGUCAGGUGAAGAACUCAGAAGUGGAACAGGUGAAGGGGGUUACCUACAGUCUUGAGAACUUCCUGGGUCCACACAUGAGGAUCAGUGUAUCAUCUUCCUCAUCUUUCCGGGAUCUCCUCCUGUCAUCUCCUGAUAAUGACCUGUUUCAUGUCGUUGUCUACCUGGCUCCAGGUGACUAUCACUGCUUCCAUUCACCUACUGACUGGGAGGUGGAGCUUCGACGUCACUUUCCAGGUUCGUUGAUGUCUGUGAACCCGGGCGUGGCUCGUCGCAUCAAAGAGCUCUUCUGCCUUAACGAGCGUGUGGUGCUUAGUGGCCAAUGGCAGCACGGCUUCUUCUCGUUAACAGCGGUUGGAGCUACAAACGUGGGCUCCAUUAGACUUUACUUUGACCAGGAGUUGCAGACCAACACUCCUCGCUACAGCAAAGGAUCCUUCCAGGAUCGCAGCUACGUUGCUGUUGACGACCAGGUGAAGGAAGUUGCAGGCAAAGGGGGCGUGUCUUUACAGAAGGGGGAGCCUGUGGGCGAGUUUAACCUCGGCUCCACGAUCGUUCUGCUCUUCGAGGCGCCCAAAGACUUCAGAUUCUCCCUGCAUCCUGGACAGCGAAUCAAAAUGGGGGAGGGCCUUGGCAGUCUGUGAUUGGCUGCUGACUGAGGGGGAGGAGCAUUGUGGAGGGCAUUAAAAAGACACAAACUCCCAGAAUGCUUUGUGCUUCAUGAAGGACAGAUGCCAAACGCGUUUGUGACAAUUAGGAGUUUUUACCAUGAACAUAGUGAAACGUUUUAUUACUCGGAAUAAAACAGAAACGUUGUUCCUUAGUUCAUCUGUUUGUAAAAUAUGUAAAUGUUAAAAUUAAUAAAUUUUUACUUUCA